GUCACUCCGUGUCCCACUGUCACACCGUGUCCCACUGUCACUCUGUGUCCCAUUGUCACACCGUGUCCCAUUGUCACUCUGUGUCCCAUUGUCACUCCAUGUCCCACUGUCACACCGUGUCCCACUGUCACACCGUGUCCCACUGUCACUCCAUGUCCCACUGUCACACCGUGUCCCACUGUCACACCGUGUCCCAUUGUCACACCGUGUCCCAUUGUCACUCUGUGUCCCAUUGUCACACCGUGUCCCAUUGUCACACCGUGUCCCACUGUCACACCGUGUCCCAUUGUCACUCUGUGUCCCAUUGUCACUCCAUGUCCCACUGUCACACCGUGUCCCUGUCGCUGUCCCCUGUCCCAUUGUCACUCUGUGUCCCUGUCGAUGUCCCUUGUCCCCGGUCCCAUUGUCACCCUGUCCCAUUGUCACACCGUGUCCCUGUCGCUGUCCCCUGUCCCAGUGCCAUUCUGUGUCCCCUGUCGGUGGCGCUGUCUCCUGUCACCUCUGAUGUCCCCUGUCCCUGUGAUGUCCCCAGCCCUUGAGCGCCUCUUGGUGGCGCUGUCCCCUGUGCCACUGUCACUCCGUGUCCCAUUGUCACUCCGUGUCCCUGUCCUUGUCCCCAGCCCUGGAGCGGCUGUCGCUGCCCGUGUCCCCUCUGAUGUCCCCUGUCCCCUCUGGUGUCCCCUGUCACCUCUGAUGUCCCCUGUCGCUGUCCCCAGCCCUGGAGCGGCUGUCGCUGCCCGUGUCCCCGGGCUGUCCCCUGUCCCCUCUGAUGUCCCCUGUCCCCUCUGAUGUCCCCUGUCGCUGUCCCCAGCCCUGGAGCGGCUGUCGCUGCCCGUGUCCCCUGUGCCAUUGUCACUCCGUGUCCCCGGGCUGUCCCCUGUCCCCUCUGAUGUCCCUGUCCCCUCUGGUGUCCCCAGCCCUGGAGCGGCUGUCGCUGCCCGUGUCCCCUGUGCCAUUGUCACUCCGUGUCCCCGGGCUGUCCCCUGUCCCCUCUGAUGUCCCUGUCCCCUCUGGUGUCCCCAGCCCUGGAGCGGCUGUCGCUGCCCGUGUCCCCUCUGAUGUCCCCUGUCCCCUCUGAUGUCCCCUCUGGUGUCCCCAGCCCUGGAGCGGCUGUCGCUGCCCGUGUCCCCGGGCUGUCGCGCGCUGUCCCCGCGGCCCGGGGGGGUGGCCUGGGGGGAGGUGACCCGGCGGUGGCACCGGACCCUGCUCGAGCUGGACCUGAGCGGCCGCCGCGACCCCGACCUGGGGGGGGCCUUGGCCGCCUUCGGCCCCCGCGACCCCCUGAGGGUCCUGAGGCUGGCGGGGACCCCCGUGACCCCCCGGGAGCUCAGCCCGCUGCUGGCCUGUCCCCACCUGUCGCACCUGGACGUGUCCUCGUGUCGCCGCCUCCCCCGCGGCACCAAGCGGCCGCACCGGGGCCGGGGGGCGGUGCUGCGGCUGCUGCGGGGGCUGGCGGGGGGCGACACCCCCGAGGGGACCCCCCCGGGGACACCCCCCGAGCCGGGGACACCCCCCGAGCCGGGGACACCCCCAAAACAGGGGACACCCCCAAAACAGGGGACACCCCCCAAAGUGACACCCCCAAAACAGGGGACACCCCCAGAAGAGGGGACACCCCCCAAAGUGACACCCCCCAAAGUGACACCCCCAGAAGAGGGGACACCCCCCGAGGUGACACCCCCAAAACAGGGGACACCCCCAGAAGAGGGGACACCCCCCAAAGUGACACCCCCAAAACAGGGGACACCCCCAGAAGAGGGGACACCCCCCAAACCCCCCCCUUUUUUAUAG